AUCCCCGCGUUUCUGUGCGCUUUUGCCUUGCCUUGGCGGUGGUUGGUGGCCAUUACUUGGCGAAGUGUCGGUUGCGGAGGCUCCGUGGUUCCCGCCGAGUUCAUCGUGCAUACCUUUGUGCGUGUGGUUGUGUGCGUGCUUCGCCGCGAAAAAAAAAAGUCGUUGGAAUGAUGGCCGAUAUUGCCAGCUACGACGGUCACGCCGCGAAACGGCAACGCACCGACGAAGGCCGGGAUCGCGGUUAUGGAAAUAACCAGCAGCAAGGCUACAACUACUACAACAAUCAACGAGGAGGAGGUGGUCGAGGGCUUUUGGAUGCGGAUCCGAUGUCCUGCCAAGAAGAGGAGAAACCCAAUCAUGUUCUCUUGAUGACCAUCCUGAACCCUGCCUACCCCAUCACAGUGGAUGUCAUCCACACCAUCUGCACUCCGAGCGGCAAGGUCAUGAGAAUAGUGAUCUUCAAAAAGAAUGGUGUCCAAGCAAUGGUCGAGUUGUCCCAAGUGUUUUGCAGCAGCGUUCAGUCGCUAACAUCAGAUUGCAAGACCUGCUGCCCUAGUAACAGGCCAACUGCGGCUACUCUCGACUGUUUAUUGUAA